AUGUCUCCAGGUGUAAGUCCUUUGGCAGCACUCAACACGGCCACCUCUCCAGAAAUGACCGAACAGGCGUUCACCAGCAGCGAUAUCUCCGGCGACUCCUUUCAUGAACUAGAUCCGCUGGCUCCGGAUGACUUACCAGAGACUCUUGGAAAGGAUCUUUCAUUUCUCCUCCGACAUAAUAUCUUCCACCCGCUUUCCCACAUCGAUAUUCCUUCACCGUUGCGCUUCGACUUUAUUGUUCUCAACCCGGGGGAACCGCUAUCGGCAUCGCUCAGCGUUCUUGAGAAACUACUGGUGGAAGGCCGAUUCUUAAUCGCUGCGCAUUUCGCUGGCUCUAUCCUCACAUCCUCUUUGAUUUCUCCAACGGACAUACGUAUUAUCUUCUCCUUGUUCUACACCCGUCUGGCCUGCCUAGAACUGUCCGGGAACACAGCCCUGGCAGCUCAGGAAUCGAAAGCGUUGGAGGAUCUCAACUCUGCCUUCUACUUUAUCGAUUCCAGCUUAGAUUCAUCCGAACAUGACGAAAAACAUGAACACAUCUCUCGACAUAUUGUGCCCUGGCCGCUUCGCGUCCUGGCCGUCAGGCUUCAGAGUAUCGGAUUCGGCGAUUCACGCAGGAGUAUUGCCGGUUUAUAUGAACUCGGCAUGGAAGCACGGAGGGAGGUCAUGAAACGCGAACACGAUGAUGCUACGAGAACUAUCUGGAAAGGAAGAUUGGCGGACCUUGGAAUAAGGACUGUCAAUGCUUUGGUAGAAAUGGGUGAUCUAGAUGCUGCGAAAAGAUCGCUUGAAAGUCUGCGGGAGCCCACGCCAGAUUCCGAUAUCAUGAAAUUAAGGAAGGGGCUUUUGCUCCUAAGGAUUGGUGACGUUGAUGCGGCCGAGCAGGUUUUCGGUAAUGCUCGCGACUCCAAAGAGGCUGCCCUGUUGCAACCCCUCCUCAGUAUGUCGGAUGGCCGGUAUGGUGAUGCAGCAGACGAAUGGCGCUCUCUCCAAGAAGACAACAGCAGAACAGAUGGGGGCUUGAUUGCACAGAAUCUAGCUGUUUGUCUUCUUUACACUGGCAAACUGGAUCAGGCACGCGAGCUUCUGGAGUCUCAGAUAUCAGCCAACCACUCCUUUGGAAGUCUUAUUUUCAACCUAUCAACUGUCUACGAGCUCUGCUCUGACGGCGCAAGCCAAUUAAAGGGGCAGUUGGCAGGCACCAUCGCCAACCAACCUGUGUCAGGACAGACCAACCUAGACCGAUCAAACACGGACUUUAAGCUAUGA